GUGUCGUGAAUGAAAGAGUUCGGGAAGCUCAUCAGAAUAAGUUUGCACCAAUGAUGAUGCUUUUUUCCAGGAUUUUCAGCAGUUGCAUUUUCCUAGGCCGUGUCAUAUAUCUUAAUAACUUGGUUGAGAUUCUCGUGGAUGUUGGAUCUUGUGAAACAGCUCUUACCUAUGUUUCAUCAGUUUAUUCCACAAAAAUUGGUCUUUAUGGAAAUAAUGUUAUUGCUCUCCUUCUCUACGGCUUUUAUGAUCGAAUUGUUGUUGUCCAUGGAUAUAAAAAGGGGACAACUACAAACGGAGACUUCCUCCUUCCAUUUAAGACUGGUGCAUUUUUGUCAAAAGCUCCUGUGCUUCCUGUGAUUUUAAGAUAUCCAUACCAGAGAUUUAGUCCGGCCUGGGAUUCCAUAUCUGGGGUGCGCCAUGUGAUUUUUCUUUUUUGUCAAUGUGUAAAUCACAUCGAGGUGACACGGUUGCCUGUUUACUACCCCUCACAGCAAGAAAAGGAUGAUCCAAAGAUUUAUGCUGAUAACGUCCGAAGGUUGAUGGCUUGUGAGGGUAAUUUGAUACUGUCAGAUAUUGGUUUGGCAGAGAAACGAGUAUAUCACACUGCUCUCAAUGGUAAUAAUAGCCUGCCUACUGUUUUGCAUCAGAAAGACGAUUGAUAUUUGGGCUCUCAAAAGAUAUCUAGUUCCAACUUGGGAUUUUUAGUUCACGUAGUGUUUACUUUCAACAUACUGGAACUGAGGGGUGGUCAUUUCCACCCUCUAAACGAGAAAAUAAUGCUGUGUUAUCAUACCCAUGAUAUUCUCUCAUUUCCGGAACAAUGGCUAGUGAGCAGACUUUGUUGAUGUUCCUGUGGAAAUAUAAAAGCAUCCAGUUUAAGAGCUUCUUGGGAUUAAAGUGGUGUUCGUUUCGAGUAUUUGAUUAUUUACUGCCUUAGAAGUGUCUUUCGGGAGAAGAAAAAUAUGCAUCUGUUAAUCUGAAGCAUCUCUUUUUUUGUUCCUGCAGGUUUGUUUUGUCAACAGUAAUUCGGACCCGCCAUCUGUAUAUAAUCUUGAAUGGUUUUUUUAGUUACAAAAAAAAAAAAAAAGGAAGUAAAAAUUGCAUAUAGAAAAUUAUGACCUGACAUCUUAUUUUCACAUUACAUUUUGAAAUGUAUCUCCGGGCUUCCUAUUGCUGCAGCUCUUUGGUGGCAUUUUGAAAGCUCCAUUUGAAAUUGGUUCACUUGGCAUUUGGCUACUCCAGGACCGGAAAGUUUGAUUCCAGCAGCUACUUCUGUUUAUUUCAAUGUGUACCAUGAAUAUACGUACACUUCCUCAAGUAGCUGAAUUUUUGGGUGGCAAAUGGUAUUGAGAUGUGUUCCUUAUAUCUGGAGUUAUUUCUUUGUGAUAGGGCUGUCUUGGGUAUCAUAUUUUGAGUUUCAAUUACUUCAAUCU